AUCAAAAAAAGCGUAAAGUCAAAAUUCAUUGAUCGCAAAUUUACAAUUUUUAAUUAAAAAAUGCCAAUUUGUCGAUUCUGACGCCGUUCGAAGUUGAAUUUGGUGAAUCAGUUCAUUCAACACACAUUGAUCGAUUCGACAAUAUAACGGGAAAACAUGCUAGCCCACAAAAACAAUCAAUCCGGCUGCAAAAAGUUACAAUUAUCAUUUGUGAUACGCGAUGCGGAAGAGCCGAAACAUAGGAACGGUGUUAAUGCUCUACAGUUGGACAAAAACAAUGGGCGACUGUAUUCGGCUGGCAAAGAUGCGAUAAUUAGGGUGUGGAAUACUCAAUCACAAUAUCAAAAUGAAUAUCUGCACAGCAUGGAACACCACAACGAUUGGGUCAAUGACAUUGUGCUCUGCUGUGGAGGAAGAAAUCUUAUCAGUGCGAGUUGUGAUUCAACAGUCAAAGUAUGGAAUGCCCACAAAGGGUUUUGUAUGUCAACACUACGAACACAUAGAGACUACGUGCAAGCGCUGGCUUAUGCAAAAGAUAAAGAACAGGUGGCUAGUGCUGGUUUAGACAAAUCAAUAUUCUUAUGGGAUGUAACGACCUUAACAGCAUUAACAGCCAGUAAUAACACAGUCACCACAUCUAGUCUAUCGGGUUCAAGGGAUUCCAUCUACAGCUUGGCGAUGAAUCCAUCCGGCACAAUAAUUUGUAGUGGAUCACCGGAGAAUGCCAUACGCGUCUGGGAUCCUCGUUCAUGCACACGUAUAAUGAAACUGCGUGGCCAUUCGGAGAAUAUACGUGCAAUGGUUAUAUCCAACGACGGCAAUAAAGUUGUGUCUGGCAGUUCCGACGGUACAAUCAAAGUGUGGCAUUUGGGCCAGCAACAAUGUGUACAAACAAUUACCGUGCAUAAAGAAGGUGUGUGGGCACUGCUAAUGACCGAUACAUUCAGUCACGUUAUAUCGGGCAGUCGAGAUAAGAAAAUCGUUAUGACGGAAUUGCGGAAUCAAGCGAACAGUGUGCUAGUGUGUGAAGAGAAGGCGCCAGUAUUGAGUUUGUGUUACAAUUUAGAUCAAAGUGGUGUGUGGGCAACGACCUGGGAUUCAGACAUAAAAUGUUGGAAAUUGCCACGAACCGAUAGAGUUUGCGAAAAUCAUUCCGACGGACCUGCAAUCAAUACCACGGAAAUUGUAAAUAUCAAAGGUGGUACGGCAAUAAAGAAGUUCUCGGUGCUGAACGACAAACGACACAUUCUCACAAAGGAUUCGGACAACAAUGUCGCCCUGUAUGACGUUUUGAAGGUGAUUAAAGUGGAAGAUUUGGGUACUGUGGAUUUCGACGAAGAAGUGAAGAAGCGGAAUCAGCGAGUGUACAUUCCGAAUUGGUUCACCGUUGACCUGAAAAUCGGUAUGCCAACCAUUGUCCUGGAUGAGGUUGACUGUUUUGCGGCAUGGGUUUCUGCCGAAGGUGGUUUGCCUGACUACGUGGAGGCUGGAUCAUCUGAUUUAAAGUUGAAUUUUGGCACUCUCCUCCUACAAGCUCUGUUGGAACAUUGGACGCCGAGCCACAAUCCGCAGUCGAACGAUUUGAAUGAUAUGAGAGGAAACGGAUACUUUGAAAUUCCCAAGCAUACGCCGGUGGUUGUGAGUGAGGUUGGGGGUCGCACCCUUGUACGAUUAGUUCGUGAUACGGCUGGCGAGAAUGAAACAACAUUCUUGAAUGAGAACGUACCGAAUUGGGUUACGGAUGUGGUUAUUGAGAAAACGAUGCCGAAAUUCAUAAAAAUCCCGUUCUAUCUCCUGCCUCAUCCUCAAAUGGUGAACGGACAGAAAGACCGUAUGAAGAAGGAUCGACUCGUUGCCAACGAAUUCAUUCAAUGCCGAAAAGUUUGCGAACAUGUGUUGGACAAGGUACUCGGUGCCGAAACAACGCCCAGUUCUGGAAUAGUCACGAACAAUUCGCAAAACAGUCAAAGCGAUGGAAAUUCGGAUGGAGGAUCACAAAUCCCACCGGAAGAUCGAAUUGAACUGUUGUGCAAUGAUGUGACACUCGAUCCCAAUAUGGAUUUACGAACGGUUCGACAUUUCAUAUGGAAACAAACCGGAGACCUAACGUUUCACUACAAAACCAAGCCAAAUUUUAACUGAUGAGAUGAGGGAAAGAAUUGAUUUAGGUGAACAAAACUCUAUAUUAUUGCUGCACACGAAUGUGACUCUUCAUAAGCAAGUUGCUGAACGUAUUUAGUGAGAGGG